AUGAAUGGUCUCUCUGUACCAGAGCUGAACCGCCAAGUUGUUACGCGGUAUUUCCAGGAGUUCUGGACCAAUGGGAACCCAGACAUCGUCGACGAACUUUGCGCCGACAAUGUAACGGUUUUCUAUCCCAUGCAUGGACGACUGCUGGGCAAAGCCUCUACUAAGGAGUGCUUAGCCAAGUUUAAGCAAGCGUUUCCAGACAUAUCAUUUAGACUGCUGUCUCCUUUCCCCUUGAUUGCCGAGGAAAACUACGUGGUUGCGCGCUGGUUUGGUGGUGGUAAGCAUACCGGACCGGCGUUUUACGAUCUUCCUGUCGGAAGUCUGCCCGAGCCUAAUACCGGCAAAGAAAUGAGAUUUUCCGGCACAACAAUCUAUAAGCUAGAGAAUGGCAAGAUUUUGGAGGAGACGGGAGAAGAGUCUGGUCUUGUGGCAAUGCAGCAAUUAGGCUUCAUUAAACUGAAUGAUGGUUUUGCUCCAUGA